UAAAGACCGAGACCUCUAAAAUUGGUCAUUAAGUAUUAUAUGAUAUUUAUGUAAGCAAGCACUUUAAUGGUAUGAUAAAGCAUUAACUAUCAACUAAUAAGAAUGAAUGUAAAAAUAAAGGAGAAUCUAAAAAUGGAAUUUUGGUAAGGUGCUUUCAAAACAAGUAAAUGCUUCUUGGGAGACUGUUUAAAUCUUCUAAGUAGAUUGCUUAAAAGCCCUUAGAAUAAAACUUUUGAAAAUCUUCAAUUAAUUAUACAAGUAUUUCUAUAUUUUGUAUUAUAGCUCCAUUUUUCAAUUAUAUGGAUUAUCCAGGUAAUUUGAAUUAUACUUAAACGCGCGAUAGAUUAAGCCCUUUUUCUGUUAAGUUCAUUUCCUCAGAGGCCUUUAUUAUUUUUAGAGUAAUCUAGAAAAAAUUUGAAAUUAUAUUGGUCGCUUUUGGUGAUCUUAAAUGAGAAAGACUUAAUUUCUAAUGAUAUAGUAUCCCAAGG